GGAGCGGGGCUGAAAUCCGGGCUGGUCCUGGUGGCUCCCGGAGCUCGGGAUGAGCCCGAAGGGUCCCGGGGGGCUCUGGCCCGGCCGGGGUCGGGUUUUGAUGCCCAGGAGGGUCCGGGGUGCCCCAGGGGCUCUGUCUGGCCUCGCCCACCCCAAAACCCCAAGUUCUGCCCCUGGAGCUUUUCCCACCCCACAAACCCCAACCCCUCGGGCCCAGAGGAAUUUUUGGGGGCAGUUUCACUCCCCGUGCCCACGCUGCCCCCACCCCGGUGUCCCCAGUGUCCCCAGGGCUCUUUCCGUGCCUCCCAGCACCACAGACUCUCCCUGAGGCUUCAUCCCAAAUUAUUUCCUCGCUGCUGGCAGUGACCAAAAUUCCAGCUCCUCUUUCCCGUUUAAUCCCUUUUUUUUUUCCAUCUCUCCCGCUUUGGAAGCCGCUCCCAGCCUGGCUGUGGCGUUGUUCGGCUCCAGAUUCUGCCUGCAAAUAAACCCUCCACUUCUGACGGCUUUUUUUAGCAAGUAAACACCCAGCGUGUGGUUCCAGGCCUCACCAAAAAAAAAAAAAAAAAGGGAUUUUUCCACAAUUUCCAGCCCAGGUUCCACCCCCGGGCUCCGGAGCCGCAGGGUUUUUAUUCCAGCCGAGUCACGGAUCGGGUUUGUGCCCAAAAUAGCCGCGAGCCGGGCUCGGAUCCAGCCCAAUCCCCCCAGAUCACCUUCCUGCGGCCGGGCACAAAUCCCCGCCAUCCUCCCGGCCCGGCUGAGCCCAAUUCCCAGCGGCAAUUCCCCAAUUUCCAGCCGGCUGAGGGAUUUUGGGGAGGUUUCCCCUCUCCGGGGACCACCAGGGGUCGGCAGAAUUCCGCCGGAGAAUUUCCAUCCACAGGAAUCACCCUGGAAGAAAAUCCUGGGGGUUUGGAGCAGGACCGCUGCUCCCGCCCUCGGCCCGGGAUGGUGCCAGCAUGAGGAGGUGCUGCCAGGGCGUGGGGCUGCCAUGCCUGUUUAAGGGCGUGGGCAUGUCCGGCCCUCGUCCGCCCCGCUUCCUGCUGGUGUUUGACUUCGACGAGACCAUCGUGGACGAGAACAGCGACGACUCGGUGCUGCGGGGCCGGGCGCUGCCGGAGCCGCUGCGCCAGAGCCCCGGCGGCAGCUACAACGAGCACAUGCAGCGCGUGCUGGCCUUCCUGGGCGAGCAGGGCGUGCGCCCCGCCGAGCUCCGGGCCGUCUACGAGAACAUCCCGCUGUCCCCCGGCAUGGCCGAGCUCUUCCAGCUCCUCUCCAAGCACCAGGAGCUCUUCGAGCUGGUGCUCAUCUCCGACGCCAACACCUUCGGCGUCGAGGCCAAGCUGCGCGCGGCCGGCGCCCGCUCGCUCUUCCGCAAGGUCUUCAGCAACCCGGCCAGCUUCGACCGGCGCGGCGUGCUGACGCUGGGGCCCUACCACAGCCACAAGUGCCCGCAGUGCCCGGCCAACAUGUGCAAGAGGAAGAUCCUGGGCGAGUACCUGGCGGAGCGGGCGCGCGAGGACGUGGAGUUCCAGCGCGUCUUCUACGUGGGCGACGGCGCCAACGAUUUCUGCCCCGCCGGGACUCUGACGGCGGCGGACGUGGCGUUCCCCAGGAAGGGCUACCCCAUGCACAGGCUGAUCCAGGAGAGCCAGGAGAAGCAGCCCGGGGCGUUCCAGGCCGCCGUGGUGCCCUGGGAGUCGGCGGUGGAGGUGGCGCGGUACCUGCAGGAGCUGCUGCGCGCCAAGUGCUGAGGGAGGCGGCGGCGCCGGCCCCGGCCCCGCUCCCGGGAUGUUCCUCUGCCUCUCCCGGCUCCGUUCCUGGCCACCGAAGCGCUUUCCGCAGGCCCCCGGGUCUGCCCGGCCACGGAGCCACGGCCACGGCCGGCCCCCGCGCCCUUUGCCCGCCUGACGGGGAUUUCUGGGGGAGUUUUGCUUCCUUUCGCUUUUGACCUCGAAAGAGAAUUCCUAAAAAUCCAGCACCGGCUCCCCGCGGGCUGGGCACGUCCUUGCUCCUGCCGUCCUCCCGCUGGCCUGCCUGGCCCUGGGCUCCUGAUCCCACCGGGAAUUCUGGCUGGGAAAUCCCUGCUCCUGAUCCCACCGGGAAUUCCGGCUGGGAAAUCCCUGCUCCUGAUCCCACUGGGAAUUCUGCCUGGGAAAUCCCUGCUCCUGAUCCCACUGGGAAUUCUGGCUGGGAAAUCCCUGCUCGCUGGGCUCCUGAUCCCACUGGGAAUUCCGGCUGGGAAAUCCCUGCCCCCACACCCCCCCCCAAGCCUUGCUCUGGGGUUCACUGUCCCCGGGGGUUCAUCCUCGGGACAAACCGAGCCGGGAGCGCCGGGAGAGCUCUGGGAAGGGGCAGAGCCUCUCCUGAUCCCGCCCGGGCACAGGAGCCGCAGCCCCGGGGGAGCCGGGCCCGGCCUCGCCCCCGCCCCUCCCAGCCCUGCUCCUCUCCCGGUGUCCCCGCGGUGUCCCCGCGGUGUCCCCGCGGUGUCCCCGCGGUGUCCCCGCGGUGUCCCCGCGGUGUCCCCGCGGUGUCCCCUGGGCCCUUUCCUGGAUCGUGCGGGGCCCCUCCUACCCCAGGGAGGGUCGAAUCCCCCUGAGCUGGGCACCUGCCAGGUGCCACAAUCCCCCCGGGGGACACUUCUGGCACCGGGUCCCCCGAGGGCAAACCCCACCCCCAACCGUGUCCCCCUCCCCACGGCAGUGUUAAUUAAUUACCCCUUCUAAUUGCACUCUGCAGACCUCCAGCAGCCGCGGCUCUCUGGGGUUGGCUCCCCCUGGAUUUAUCCCGGGUUUAUCCCGGGUUUAUCCACAGCCUUACCGGCCCCCGAGGGCGGCCCCGGCUCCCCCAAAGCUCGGAACCCCAAAACCCGGCGGGAAAUAACCAAAGCAGCCCCGAGCGCUUCCUCCUCCGCGCCGCCCCAAACCUUGGGCUGUGCGGAGCUCAAAGCCAUGGAAUUAAAACACAAAUCUGUGGGA